GUUCCAACUGAAGACAGUUGCCUGCAUUCAUUCGUUAAUGACCUGGAAGAGCAUGAUAAAACCAGACGGAACAGCGAUUUGUAGUCAGUUGCUGUCUGGGGCGCAACCUGAGACAAACUCCGAUUACAACUAAUUGGUGUAGUGCGUUACUUUUUGUGUUGGUCGUUUGGGACGAACAGGACCUCAUUCACUAUGAAGACUCUUGCUGUCUUCUUGCUGAUCUUUCCAAUGGUGUUUGGAUAUGGGUUCCUACCCGAUGAGGGAGAUGUGCGACUUGUUGGCCGGGACCCCAACACGGGACGAGUUGAGGUGUACCACAACGGCGUCUGGGGGACCGUUUGCGAUGACGGCUGGGACUUUGACGAUGCCAGUGUGGUGUGCAGACAGCUGGGCUUCACUAACGGGGCUGCAAGAGCAGCAACUGGUGCCAAUUUUGGUGCAGGCGAAGGCCCUAUCUUCCUGGAUGAUGUUGCAUGUGCUGGCACAGAGAGCAGACUUGUAGAUUGCCCCAAUCCUGGAUGGGAAGUUGAGAACUGUGGUCAUAGUGAAGAUGCUGGCGUUGUCUGUCUGCCAGAUGAAGAACCUGACGUGACCGUGCGACUUGCUGGCAGUGAUAAUCACAGCGAAGGACGUGUGGAGGUCUACUAUCCAGGCGAAUGGGGCACCGUCUGUGAUGAUGAAUGGGAUAUUAGCGAUGCUGACGUUGUCUGCAGGCAGCUCGGAUUUUCGAGUGCCACAGAGGCUGUUCCUGGAGCCAGGUUCGGGGAGGGUAUAGGACAGAUUCUACUGGACGAUGUGGCCUGUACAGGAGAUGAAUCUAGACUGGAAGACUGUCCAAACAGAGGUUGGGGAGUGGAGAAUUGUGGGCAUGGGGAGGAUGCAGGAGUGGUUUGCCUUAAUUCUGAACCAGUCAGCUUGCGGCUUGUUGGUGGCGAGAAUGACAACGAAGGACGUGUGGAGGUCUUCUACCAAGGCGAAUGGGGCACUGUCUGUGAUGAUGAUUGGGAUCUCAAUGAUGCUAACGUCGUCUGCAAGCAGCUCGGGUUUGCAAGUGCCGAGGAGGCUGUUCCCGAAGCCAGGUUCGGGCAAGGUACAGGAGAGAUUCUACUGGACGAUGUGGCCUGUACAGGAGACGAAUCUAGACUGGAAGACUGUCCUAACAGCGGUUGGGGAGUGGAAAACUGUUGGCAUGGGGAAGAUGCAGGAGUGGUUUGCCUCUGUGCUGAUGUGAGCAACAUACGACUAAUUGGCCCGGACCCUGGCACGGGGCGAGUCGAGGUGUACCAUAACGGCGUCUGGGGGACCGUUUGCGAUGACUACUGGGACAUUGACGAUGCCAAUGUGGUAUGCAGACAGCUGGGAUUCACUCAAGGGGCUGUAAGAGCUGCAAGUUUUGCUGAAUUUGGUGAAGGCGCGGGCCCGAUCUUCCUGGAUGAUGUUGCUUGUGCUGGCACAGAGAGCAGACUUGUAGAUUGCCCCAAUCCAGGAUGGGAAGUUGAGAAUUGUGACCAUGAUGAAGAUGCUGGCGUAGUCUGUCUGCCAGAUGAAGAGCCUGAUGUGACCGUGCGUCUUGCUGGCAGUAACCAUUACAACGAGGGGCGUGUGGAGGUCUACUACCAAGGCGAAUGGGGCACCGUCUGUGAUGAUGAAUGGGAUAUCAGCGAUGCUAACGUCGUCUGCAGGCAACUCGGAUUUGAGAGGGCAACACGUGCCGUCAGUGAAGCCGGGUUCGGGGAAGGUACAGGGCGGAUUCUGCUGGACGAUGUGGCCUGUUCAGGACGUGAAUCUAAACUGGAACUCUGUGCAAACAGAGGUUGGGGAGAGGAAAACUGUGACCAUAGUGAGGAUGCAGGAGUGGUUUGUCAUGGUUCUGUCACGGUGCGGCUUGUUGGUGGCGAGAAUGACAACGAAGGACGCGUGGAGGUCUACUACCAAGGCGAAUGGGGCACUGUCUGUGAUGAUGAAUGGGAUAUCAGCGAUGCUAACGUCGUCUGCAGGCAACUCGGGUUCGCGGGUGCCGCACGAGCCGUCAGUGAAGCCGGGUUCGGGCAAGGUACAGGACAGAUUUUGCUGGACGAUGUGGCCUGUACAGGAGAUGAAUUUAGACUGGAAGACUGUCCGAACAGAGGAUGGGGAGUGGAAAACUGUUUUCAUCAUGAAGACGCAGGAGUGGUUUGCCUCAGUUUUGCAGAUGUGAAUAACGUACGACUAGUUGGCCCGGACCCCAAUGCGGGGCGAGUCGAGGUGUACCACAACGGCAUCUGGGGGACCGUUUGCGAUGACGACUGGGACAUUGACGAUGCCAUUGUGGUGUGUAGACAGCUGGGCUUCACUAACGGGGCUGCAAGAGCUGCAAGCUCUGCUGAAUUUGGUGAAGGUGCGGGCCCGAUCUUCCUGGAUGAUGUUGCUUGUGCUGGCACAGAGAGCAGACUUGUAGAUUGCCCCAAUCCAGGAUGGGAAGUUGAGAAUUGUGACCAUGAUGAAGAUGCUGGCGUAGUCUGUCUGCCAUAUGAAGAGCCUAAUGGGAGAGUCCGCCUGGUUGGCAGUAACCAUUACAACGAAGGGCGCGUGGAGGUCUACUACCAAGGCGAAUGGGGCACUGUCUGUGAUGAUGAAUGGGAUAUCAGCGAUGCUAACGUCGUCUGCAGGCAACUCGGAUUUGAGAGGGCAACACGUGCCGUCAGUGAAGCCGGGUUCGGGGAAGGUACAGGGCGGAUUCUGCUGGACGAUGUGGCCUGUACAGGACGUGAAUCUAGACUGGAACUCUGUGCAAACAGAGGUUGGGGAGAGGAAAACUGUGACCAUAGUGAGGAUGCAGGAGUGGUUUGUCAUUCUGUCGCUGAAGGAACAGUCCGUCUAGCUCAAGGCCCGAAUGGCCCCCAUGAAGGCCGCGUUGAAAUUUACCACGCAGGCCAGUGGGGCACGGUCUGCGAUGAUACCUGGUACACAGACUACAAUGCUCAGGUGGUCUGUCGGCAGCUGGGAUACGCCGGGGUCGAAGAGGUCAAGCGGCUGGCAUUCUUCCAGGAGGGAGAGGGUCCAAUCUGGAUGGACGAUGUCUACUGUGAAGGCGACGAGGCUGGUCUUGCUGACUGCCCGUUUGCUGGGUGGGGAGUGAAUGACUGUGGACACUUUGAGGACGUAGGGGUUGUCUGUUCAAACUAAAUGCAGGCUAGGUGUCAUGCUUUUUAAAAGUGCGUCAAUUCACCUUCCUAAAUGAAAUUAACAAAGCCCGCAUUUACAGGUUGGUAUUUUGGAGAUGAAGUUUGUUUAAUGAGGUUUUUUUUCACAAUAUGGUACUCUCGUAUAUUCCACAAGUCUUGUAUUCACUUGAGGCAUUUAUGUCACAUUCGAUGAAACCUAAUAUAUCAAAUUUCAUUAUUUUUUCACAUUCGAAUUGAAAACUUUCAUUUGGGACAGCUUUGGUGAAUUCUGCGAUUAAGAAUGAAAAGUUGUUGAUGUAUUAAUUUAGUGUAGCCUUUGGGUUUUGUUUAUUUAUUGAUUGUUGCCCUGCCAUCGUUUAGGGAUCUUAGUUACCGUAAACAAGAUUUCAACCAUUUCUGUUUUAAAGUACAGACUAUAAAUUUUGAUGUGCAUGAGUUUUGUUCUUAAGCUGAUAGCGGUUAACUAAGGAAUGCUAUCAAUUGUUUCGCUUUCAAGCUGAAAUUAACAAUGGAGGACAGUAUGGUUUAUGUGUAACUGAAAACACCGUUAACCGAAAAUAACCAUGAUUUUGUCAUUGGCUAAUUUCAGAAAUUAAUUUAAGGGCCCUAUUUUCCAGGCUUGAUCAUUGUAAAAGUCGUCAUUUGUCUAAAAACCAUAGUUAAGGACAGCGAGUAUGAUCGGCCAACGACCGAUAGUUCUGGCGGGGUAUUCAAAAUCGCUCUGCGCGGCACAGUUCGUGGAGUAAUCACGGACGAAGGCAUGCCGUUCCGCGAUACGGUCGGCAGAGGGCCUCUGUCCGUUGACGGUGUAGCUGGUCUGGUACCGCUACGUCUGCCCUGCCCAGCUACUGUGGUCAGCAGCAGCACACGUUUUGGGUGAAUAAAACAGGUUGCACAAGACUGAAGUCACUGUAUGCCCAGUAACUCCGUUGUUGGCGGAUUACUUUUGGGCAAGUUUACUGAUUAAUACUCUUGGCCAUGGGAAAACUGCUCUUUUUAAAGGGCAAGAGCACCUGUUUUUUAAUGCAAACAGUCAAACCCUGCAUCCACCGAUACGCUGUUUCUUUACUUAAACCGCUCCGUAGUUCAUGGAUUUUUCGCAUGAUCAUUUACGGGAUCUUCGAUGUAACUGUUGAAAAGGUCGCUUUAUUUUUUCUCGAUUUUGCUCAAAACAGUGGUCUAAACAUCAAAAACAAUGAAAACUGCACUAAAUCCUAAAUCCCUCAAUUAGUCAGUUUUGUAAAACCAUGGGGGAAAAAUGGUUUAUCCCCCUCUGAAAGCAGCAACUUUAAUCACAGGUCUGGCGAUGUGUUUGUUUUCCUUCUUGUUGAAAUCAUUGUUUCGCUUGACGUCAUUUUCUCCUUUGGUUUAUUUAAUUGUUUUCAAAUUGGUUUUCCAUUUGGGUUAU